AUGGCCAAGGUGAUAACCAAGCCUAGUUUAGUAACUUCUCCGCAAAAGUCGAUAGCUUUCACGGGAUUGAAGCAUGCCAUCUUCCUGCUCCUCCUCCUCCUCUUCCAGCACGUCGUCUCCGUAGAUGAUCACCCACUCUCGGAUCCCCGAGACCGAGCAAUCACUCUCCAAGAGAAGGCCACCCUCUUGUCCUUCAAGAACAGCAUAACGUCUCAACCUCAAGCUGCUCUCGCAAAUUGGAACGAGUCCACCGAUGUUUGCGACUUCGAAGGUGUCGUCUGCGAUCGAUGGCGACUCCAUGUUGUGCAUCUCCUGCUCGGGAGCAGGCUUGCCUCCGGCCUCCUGUCCCCUGUCCUUGCCAACCUCACCAGCCUUCGCAAGCUAGACCUGUCCAAUAAUAGUCUCACGGGGCACAUUCCACAUGAAUUCUCAAACCUACGGCACCUCAUGUACCUGAACCUCUCAAAAAACUAUCUCGAUGGCCAGAUUCCGCAAUCUCUCGCCAGCCUCACCAGACUUCAAAGUCUGGAUCUGUUCGACAACAAUCUCCAGGGGCAUAUUCUGGUCGAAUUCUGCAACCUACGGCACCUCACGUACCUGGACCUCUCGGAAAACCAUCUCGAUGGCCGGAUUCCGCAAUGUCUCGCCAGCCUCACCGGACUUCAACAUCUAGACCUGGCCAACAACAGUCUCCAGGGGCACAUUCCGGUCGAAUUUUCCAACCUACGGGACCUCAUGUAUCUGAACCUCUCGGAAAGCAAUCUCCAUGGCCAGAUUCCGCAAUCUCUCGCCAACCUCACCGAACUUCAAAGUCUGGACCUGUUCGACAAUAAUCUCCAAGGGUACAUUCCGGUCGAAUUCUGCAACCUACGGCACCUCAUAUACCUGGACCUCUCGGAAAACCAUCUCGAUGGCCGGAUUCCGCAAUGUCUCGCCAGCCUCACUGGACUUCAACAUCUAGACCUGGCCGACAACAGUCUCCAGGGGCACAUUCCGAUGGAAUUUUCCAACCUACGGGACCUCAUGUAUCUGGACCUCUCGGAAAGCAAUCUCGAUGGCCAGAUUCCGCAAUCUCUCGCCAACCUCACCGAACUUCAACGUCUGGACCUAUCCGACAACAAUCUCCAUGGGCACAUUCCGGUCGAAUUCUCCAACCUGCAGCACCUCCAGUUCCUAGAACUGUCGGGAAACCUUCUCGAUGGUCCAAUUCCACAAUCUCUUGCCACCAUCACCAACCUUGUCUAUAUCGACCUCGGCAACAACAGUCUAACAGGUCAGAUUCCCGCCUCUAUCUUUCGCAACUGCAGUAAAUUACGUGCCGUGGACUUCUCGGCCAAUGAUCUAUCCGGCGAGAUCCCAUCGGAUGCCCGAAUUUAUCUGCCAAACUUGCACAUCCUCAACCUUUACCAGGAUAAUUUGACUGGAAAAUUACCAUCAUGGCUCUCAAAUUCAUCAUUGCUACGUCAACUGGAUGUGGGAUAUAACUUCCUCUCAGGCGAACUGCCGGUGGACAUCGUCUCGAACAAGACAGACCUUCUAUAUCUUGAUAUGUCUUACAACAAUUUUUCAAGCCAUCAUAACAACACCGACUUGAGACCAUUUUUCUUAGCUAUUUCCAACUGCUCAAAACUGCUGGAACUUGAAAUGGAAGGACUAGGACUUGGUGGACCAUUGCCUCAAAUUGCAGGCAGUGUCGCCAAAACCUUGUCCAUAAUUCUGCUGGGCGACAACAUGAUCUCUGGACCCAUUCCUCCUAGCAUUGGCUCUCUCUUCAAUAUCACGCUAUUGAAUCUGUCGAAUAACCUUCUACGUGGAACUAUUCCCACUCAGAUCGGCCAGCUUCUGAAGUUAGAGCGGCUAAUCUUGUCCCAUAACUUAUUGACUGGUGCGGUUCCUGCGGAGAUUGGAAACAUCAGCAAAAUGGGUCUGCUUGAUCUAUCCAACAAUAGAUUAUCUGGUGAAAUCCCAAGGAGUCUCGGAAAUCUAAAUCUUAUCAGCGAGAUUCAUCUUCAGAAGAAUCAGCUUUAUGGAGAAAUACCUGUCAGUCUUGGAAGGUGCAUGAGAUUAGAUAAGCUAGACCUGUCAUACAAUAGAUUAACAGGAAGGAUACCCCUAGAAAUGUCAAGCAUUGCAAAGAUUUCCUUUAACCUUUCACACAACCAGCUUCAAGGUCCUUUGCCGAUAGAGCUUAGCAAGAUGGAUCACGUCCAAGAGAUCGAUCUGUCAUCGAAUAACCUCACCGGAGUAGUGAUCUCUCAGCUGUCAGCAUGCGCUGAACUGGAGCGCAUCAACCUCUCACACAAUUCUCUUCAAGGACAGCUUCCCAAAUCAUUUGGAGAUCUCCGAAACCUCGAGGCUCUUGACGUUUCCUUCAAUUACUUGGCUGGGGACAUUCCGUCGAGCCUUAACAAUUGCACCAGUCUCACCCAAUUGAAUCUUUCAUACAACGACUUCAAUGGACCAAUACCCAUGGGUGGAGUCUUCUCGUCGUUCACCAAUCUAUCCUAUCUUGGAAAUCCACAGUUAUGUGGCCCAGUCGUCGGACGGGCUCGUUUCAAACGACGAAGAUGGCUGCAUUUGCAUAAAUUCUUGAUCCUCAUUUGUGUUGGUGCUUCAGUUUUAGCAUUCUUACUGGCAGUAUGCUGUGUGAUUAUUGGAAUCAGAAAGACCCAAGGGAGGAUUUUCAGGGGGAGAGGCGACGCUUGUGGAGGCUCCUCGCUGGUCCUAAGAUCAAGUUUCCCACGAAUCACCUACCGAGACCUCGUCAAGGCAACUGGAGAAUUUGAUCAGGAUAGCUUAAUUGGUUCUGGUAGCUAUGGACGGGUCUACAAAGGAGUCUUAAGAGAUGGGACCAUUGUUGCAGUGAAAGUGUUGCACCUCCAAGCUGGCAAUGCAGCCAAGAUCUUCAACAGAGAAUGCCAGGUUCUGAAGAGAAUUAGACAUCGGAACCUUAUGAGAAUCAUCACAGCAUGCAGCCGACCGGAUUUCAAGGCUUUGGUCCUUCCUUUCAUGGCAAACGGUAGCCUCGACAGCUUUCUGCAUUCAGGAUCUUCCGAACUAAGCUUGACCCAGAGGGUGAAUAUUUGCAGUGAUAUAGCUGAAGCAGUAGCCUACUUGCAUCACCACUCCCCUGUGAAGGUUAUACACUGCGAUUUGAAGCCCAGCAAUGUGCUUCUCAAUGAUGAUAUGACUGCUUUGGUCGCUGAUUUUGGGAUUGCAAGUCUGGUGAUGAAUGGUGGAGCGGGGAGCACAACCGACAUGGGGAGUUCGACUGCGAAUAUGCUCAGGGGUUCUGUUGGAUACAUAGCACCAGAGUAUGGAUUUGGCUCAGGUGCAUCAACCAGGGGAGAUGUUUACAGCUUCGGUGUUCUAGUCCUUGAAGUGGUCACAAGGAAGAGACCCACAGACGAAAUGUUCGAAGGCGGUUUAAGCUUGCCCAAGUGGGUGAAGGGCCACUACAAUGGAAGGGUGGAGAGGGUCAUCGAUGCCUCCUUGGUGACUGCUGCGAAGAACCAGACGUGUGAAGCGAGAAGAAUGUGGGAGGUGGCAAUUGGAGAGUUGGUAGAUUUGGGUCUGCUCUGCACCCAGGAGAGCCCGUCGACGAGGCCGACGAUGCUGGAUGCUGCUGAUGACUUGGGUCGCUUGAAGAGGCAUCUUUCGGGCGACACAUCCGCCAGUGUUCCCUCCUCUUUGGGAAUGUCGUCUUCCACCACUGGAGAGGAUCCAGGAGCAAGCAUAUCAAAUCUUGAUUGAUAGGUUCCGACAUCAUGGAUCGCAUCGUUCUGAUAGACGAUGCUUUCAAAAGUUGUUCAUGAGGGUCUUGCAGCUGCUGCUUUUCUCUCUCUCUCUCUCUC